CUGGAUACAAGCUGCCUCCUGCGGCGUCUGCCGCUGCCUGACUGCCUGACUGGGCGUGGAGGACCUGGGUGUGUUUGCGUUCUGUCUGCGCCCCUUCACCAGGUGAUCGUGGCAGAAGUCUUCGCAUGUCAUCCUCGGAGUUCCAUGCCCAGACUUUUAUUUUGAAGGAGAGCGCACGCAGGGUUCACAACAUCCGUUUGACCCGGAAGUGAUACGUGUGUUUUCCAGUCGGUGCAGGAUGAGCGGCUGAAGUGGCUCUUUCUUCCUCGUUCGGACGUUAUUGAGCCAUGAAAAUGGCGUGGAAAGCCAAAGGUCCCCCUCUGCCCCCUCUGCCCCCGGCCUCCCUACACCUCCUGGUGCCCCCGGUGAGACUCAUGUCCGCCUUCGUGUGGCAGAUCGUGCAGCGGCACAGUGUGACGCAGUACGACAAGCUGGUGGACUUCAUCGGCCUGGUGACGGAGGUCGUCCCGGAGCUGCUGAGCCCCGGGCAGAGAGCGCAGCUGGUCCUGGGCCUGAGGGCGAGGCUGGUUCUGGAGCUGUGUCGCGGCGAUGGCGUCGCCAACCUGCAGAGCAUCCAGAGCCACCUGGACAAAAUCCACGCCUGCAGUGCUGAACUCGGCUCCGCUGACCAGGCCUGCUGUGAUAUUCUGAAAACAUCAUACACCAACUUUGCCAGCCUGGUUCAAAACCUCCUGAAUGUUCCUUUUGAGAAAGAUUUCUUCUUCCAGGAGGUUUUCCCAGCAAACUACGGCUCUGCCUAUGACGAACGACUGCAGCAGCUGGUGUCAGACUUCCUGUCCAGGCUGGAGCAGCUGCUGCCCACACCAGACCUGCCACAGACGGCCGCAUGGCUCACCGAGACAACAUCUGUGUCAGAAGAUUUUGGAAAACAUCUGACUGAACCCUCGGCCAUAAAGACUCUGCUGCUUCAUCACAGACAGUCCGGCACGCUCAGCUCAGCUCCGACAAGCAGUGAGGACGACAUCCUUCUGUCCACACUGGCCCUCCCUUCUCAAACUGGAGUGGUGAGGUACAUGGAGCCGUACGAUGAGGAGGAAGAGGGCGGUGAUUAUGACAGCGAGGAAGAGACCCUGGCAUUGGACGAUUUACAAGCAGAGGACUGUGAUCAAAGCUCAGACGCCAGCGCAGAUGAUUGGUCGCCAAAAAAGGAAUCAGGUCCCCUGUCACACAUAUUCAUCUGCCCCCAGUGUUCGUUUUCUCACCGUGUAAAGAGGAAGGUGCAAGAGCACAUGCAGUGUGAGCACCACAUAACCGCUCCCGUCGUCAAAAAACAAUCUGUGAAAAAGGCCAAAGCAAAGAAUCCUCAGAAAAGGAAAGAGCUGAACACCGAAAAGAAGAAGGUAGAGGGCGUCUCUGACAAAAAGAGGAAACGCAAGCAAAAAAACGGCGCCGGAAAAAAGCGGGAACGCAAACAAAAAAGGGACAACUUGGAGAACAAGGAGCGACGGAGACGGAAAGAGCCCGCAGGCGAGGACAAAAGGUUUCUGAGCAUGCGAGCAGAGAACAAAAUCUUCACGGAGGAAGAGACCAAGUGCCUGACGUGCGAAAAGGUCUUUGAGCAUCCAAAUCAGCUGAAGACCCACAGGAAGCUUCACGGCUUCCGGUACCACUGCGGCCAGUGCGAGAAGGGAUUCACCAGCCCGUCGGGGUACUAUCAGCACCAGAGGCUCCACAAGAGAGGACGGAUAUUCAGCUGCAGCCAGUGCAACAAGGGAUUCCUGUGCAGCUACUCCCUCAAGCAACACGAGCGGCUGCACGCGGGCCCCUCCAACCUGUGCACCAUCUGCGGGAAAAGCUUCAGCAAAGCGGGCAUCACGAGGCACAUGCAGAUGCACAGAGGGGAGAAGAAUUACCUGUGCACCACGUGUGGGAAGUCGUUCUUGUCCUCCGGCGAGCUGCUGCUGCACAACCGCUCUCACACGGGCGAGCUGCCGUACACGUGCCCCCGCUGCGGGAAGGGCUUCUCCAGCAAGAGUCACCUGAACGUGCACACGCGCUCUCACACGGGCGAGCGUCCGUACCUGUGCACCGAGUGCCCGAAGCGCUUCCUCACGCUGAACUGCCUGAAGAGACACACGCUCAGCCACAAUGGGUUGAAACCGUUCAAGUGUCCGAGCUGCGAGAGAGAAUUCUCCCAGCAGGGGAACCUGAAAAGACAUUUGGCAACUCAUAAACCUGACACGUGAUUUACUUGUCAGGAAUCAGGAUGUAGUCCAUGUUCAGUUUAAUACCUCUUUUAUUUAUUUUCAGAACCUGUAGAGAGCUGUUAGGGGAAAUCCUUUGCAUAUUAUUUAUUUGUAUGAUCUUUGCAACUUAUCUUUGUAUGAUAAAUUGUGUGAUUCUUUGUAGGUGUUCACUACUGAAAGUUGUGUCAUGUCAUUUCUAGCAACGAAAAGUAAGAAAAGUAAAAAAGUAAG